AUGGCUGCCGAGACUGCUGCAAAGAAACUGAAAACCUCGGGUCCUCUCAUAGGCACCCACAAUGGCCAUUUUCACGCCGACGAGGCUCUCGCCGUUUACCUUCUUCGUCUCCUCCCCGACUACAAUGCCUCUCCUCUAGUGCGAACUCGGGAUCCAGCGCGUCUAGCAGAAUGCCACACUGUCGUGGACGUCGGCGGUGAAUACGAACCAGAGCGAAAUCGCUACGACCAUCACCAACGGACCUUUAGCACCACCUUCCCCAACCACAACACCAAGCUGUCCUCCGCCGGCCUGGUAUACAUGCACUUUGGCCGCGCCAUCAUCGCACAACAUACCUCUCUCCCCAUCGAUCACCCUGACGUGACCCUGCUGUACGAGAAACUGUACACGGAUUUCGUAGAGGCGCUGGAUGCCCACGACAACGGGAUUAGUGUCUACGACCCCGCUGCCAUAACAGAUUCCGGGCUAGAGAAACGCUUCAAGGAUGGCGGCAUCAAUCUUGGUUCUUUGGUUGGUGAUCUGAACAACGCCGACCCAACUGCAAACGGGGAGCCUCAAGACGAGGAUAGCUUGUUUGCGCGAGCAAGCACAUUCAUCGGCGACGUUUUCGUACGGAAACUGCGGCAUGCGGCAUCUUCCUGGCUCCCGGGGCGGGCAAUUGUAGGCUCUGCUUACCAGAAUCGGUCGGCCAACCAUGCAUCUAAUCGGAUCAUUGUUCUGGGUCAAGGAGGCGUGCCAUGGAAAGAACACCUGUACAAUUUUGAGCAGGAGGCUGGGGGAGCGCCGGAGUCCGAGGUUUACUAUGUGCUGUACCCGGAGAGCGCGGCUGCAGACGCCAAGUGGCGGAUUCAGUGUGUGCCAGUGUCUGAGGCCAGCUUCGUGUCACGGAAGCCAUUGCCUGAGGCCUGGCGCGGGGUGCGCGACCAGGACCUUGAUGGCGUCAUUGCUGCAGAGGCAGAGAAGACUGGGAAGCAAAAGAUCCCACCGGGAGCUAUCUUUGUUCAUGCCAGCGGGUUUAUUGGGGGGCAUCAGACAAAGGAGGGCGCGCUUGCUAUGGCGGCUAUGAGUUUGGAGAUUGCAUGA